GAAACAUUUGUCACAGUACUCACUUUAAAUGACGACUUAUUCUGACAAUAAGUUUUUUUGUCACAUUAGGCAUACCAAGUAGGACAUUUAUUAUUUUUGUCAUAUUACCAUACCUAUUGUGACAAAUAGAAAAUGACAAAACAAAACUUCUGUCAUAAUAGACCGAAUUUGUUGUAGUGUCCAGAUUUUUUGAGCACAUGCCACUUUGCUAAUCGCUAGAGCCGCCACCCCUUCAUUUGAACGAGCUUUCCGUUCCAACCUUGACUUGUGUGACUUUUCUCCUUUAUUGAGCGACUAACGCUCUCUCAUUCUGUCCCUCGAGACUUUUCUUUCUUUAUUUAUUCACUCAUUUCUUUCAGAGCGCAUGGCGCUUCUACUUUGCCCAACCUUAGCAUCACCAACAUUUAAUUCAAGAUCUAGCACUCUCUCCUUUAUUGACACAACUCAUGGAGGACUUGCCUCUAUUUCUUCUUGACAGCCUCUUGAGUCAUGUCGACGAUUCUGAGCAUGCUGCUAGGUCAUAUACAACAAAUUGAGUGUUUAUGUCUUUGUCCUCUAGUUCAAGCGCUCUUUCUUUAUUUUUUCCAGUGUUCCGGAGAAAUCAAAUACGUUAAACAAGUUGGGCGCCAUGCUUCUUUUGUACAUUGCUAUAAUUAUCUUUUGGUGAAUUCCUCUUGUCGUCUUGCGCCUAGUCACAGGGUUUGGGCGCCUUGAUCCCUUGUUUUUUAACGUACCUUCAGCUAUGUCCCUUUCUGAGACCCACAUUAUAAAGGUUCUAGGCGCUUCUACUUUUCCUUUCAUUAAGGCCUCCGAGCGCCAUUGCAUUUCGUUUCCUUUGGUUCGAUUAACCGUUCAUGCGCUUCCAAAGUCAACAUCAUUUUAUUUUUCCUUUGAACUUGCUUGUUGCCAAUACCACUUGAUUACUUUCAUGCGUUUGUGCGCUUCUUCGUGGCUGAUUUUCCGUUAACUUGAUUGUCUCUCUGUGCAUAUAGACGACAAUGCUUUUCUUUAAUUCUAUUGAGCACUUAAACGCUCAAGAUAUGAACUUUCAGUUUGAACUUGCUUAGUGCCAUGCAACCCUUCAAUUUUAUCAAUUUUAUUCGAUUGAGCGUCGCUUUGACUUUCUUCAUUCUUGCUUUUUUGGUUCUUUAGCAUGGAAUAAUGCUUGGGCAAUCUCCUGAUAGGCAAGUAGUUUUCUUUUUUACUAGACAUGAGCGCUAGCUUUCCGUCGCUAUGUUUGUGUGCCUCCUGUUAAUUUCCUAAAGCCACAGAUAGCUUCCCCAUUUGAUUCAUCUCUUCAACUUUAAGCAUUGGUGGUUGACUCCUUUACUUGUGCUCCCUUGUUGAUUUUAAAGAAUUGUUAGGCGCUCAUGCACUUUCUUUCUUCCACUCCAAUGCUCGAGGCCCCUUCUCCUUUCUCCGAGCGUCAAGAUUUAUCAUUUACAUCGGUUCAACUAUCCAUUGGUUUAGUAAAACUUGCUAAGCGCCCAUGCGCUUCCCCUCACUAACGCUCUUUCCUUAGUUUGAAGAGUCGAUUUUGAUUCUUGUAGGGUAGAUUUUUUGCGCCAAUCAUCUUUACUUGCUUUCUAGCCUUUCUCGGGCGCAACAUGUGGCCUUGUUUGCUCCUGUAUGUUAGCAGACGCGUUUUUCGUUGGGUGGAGAGCGAUUCUUUCUGGUGUCAAUCUUGGGAGAGCCUCGUCCUGUUAUCAUUCUUUCUUUCCUCACCGAGGCAUGAUCGCCUGGGCGCUUGCGCUCUUCUUUGCUUUUCAAUUUGAUAUGAAGUUGACGAAUUCUCCUCUCCAUGAAGUUGAGGCGCCUCUUGCUAGUGGUAACGAGGAGGGCGCGCCAACUACUGGUGGUGGUAGUGAUUCUAGCUCUUCAGAUUAUUCUUCGAGCAAGCCAGAUGUGGAGUAGCUUUGACGAGAGCAUCACUACUUCCUUGGUAGAGAAUGAUAUAUCUAUGUUAUAAAUUUUUUGAGGGAUGUGUUGGGGACACCACCUCUCAUGGGGACCUGUAGUCCAGACGCCCAACACUUGACUAAAGAGUUGAGCACAAGUUUUAAGGCUCUUCCACAUUGGUGGGAAAGAAAGCGGUGGGGUUCAACACCCAUAAUCAUUGGUGGUGCUCCCCAAAGCAUUGCACCAGCGCUCCUGAAAAUGAAAUAAUGCGCCUAGCUUCUUCUUGACGGAGGAAGUGAAAUAUAUGAGCUCCAUCUGUCUGAGUAGGGAAAUUUUGAGGGACGUGUUGGGGACAUCGCCUCUCAUGGGGACUAUGAUCCAGGCGCCCGACACUCAACCAAAGAGUCGAGCACAAGCUCUAAGUAUCUUCCACUUUGGUGGGAAAGCAAGCGGUAGGAAGCAUUGCACUGGCACUCCUGAAAAGGAAAUAACGCAUCUAGCUUCUCCUCGACGGAGAAAGCGAGCUAUAUGAGCUCCAUCUGUCUAAGCAGGAAAAAUUCGAGGGAUGUGUUAGGGACAUCGCCUCUCAUGGGGACCUGUGAUCCAGACGUCGGACCCUCAACUAAAGAAUCGGGCACAAGGUCUAAGGCUCUUCCACGUUAGUGGGAAAGAAAGCGGUGGGGUUCAACACCCUUAACCGUUGAUGGUGCUCCCCAAAGCAUUGCACUGACACUCCUGAAAAGGAAAUAACGCGCCUAGCUUCUCCUCGACGGAGGAAGCGAGCUAUAUGAGCUCCAUCUGUCUAAGCAGAGAAGACGAUAUCCUCAAAACAAUCACGCCAUGAUGCGGUGGAGGCACUAUCUUUUUUCUUUAAGAUUCAUGACCAAGGAGCACACCUUCAUUUUUGCGUUUUGACCCGCAAUUGCUGCAUCUUUCGGUGAAGGUAAAGGGAGACUCUUAGUAUAGGAUAUGUUGUUGCCUCUUCCGAAAAAUUCAUUUAUGUGGCCUUCAUGAUCGGUCCUUCCUUCGUACACGGGGAUGUUUGGACUUGCGAGGUUAGGUCUUGGCGCUUCCAACAUUCCCUUAGUACUUAUCAAAUAAUGGCAUGCCGCUAACCAUCGGUUAAAGGUAGAGGUGGCCUUUCAAUUAUUCCAUCUUCCACAUUGCCUGGCCCCAUGGUGGAGGCCAAUUGUUUGAGCCUAAGUUACAGGGGGUUGCUCGAGUCAAAGGGGGGUUUGGGGUGAUAGACAUGACUCCGAGAGUGCAGGCACAUCCCACUCUUAGCUAGAGCACGAGGGAAAAAUACUAGAGAGAGAAAGUAGAGAGAAUUUGUAGUAAAUGUAGAUAACUUGUCUUUCAUGAGGAGAAUACUCUUAUUUAUACAAGUCUGGAUGUUAUGUGGGUGGUCCAUGCACCUCAGACUCUCUGUCACUCUACAUUGUACUUCUUGUCAUAAGGUGUCUCGUGGUGCAGAGGGGGUCCCCUGACCUCUUUCUUGCUUAUGUCAGGUGUGCCAACUUGUCUCUUAACCUUGUCUUCUUCCUCUGGUUAUGUAAGCCUCUAGGGUUUUACCCCUAUGUCUUGGCUUCUCUUGGACUCUUCUUGUGGACCUUCUCCAAGUAUUAGGCUUUACCUUCAUACCCUAUAAGUUAUUUUAUUAGUUUUGUCAUCAUAUUAUACUCCAUGGUUAAUAACAAUUUAGUCAUAAUUGAUUUGAUAAUUAUCAUAAUAACCAUUUGAACAACCCUAAUUGGACUGACUGUGGUUGAAAAGCUCAUUCUCUUUCAAGUAUUCAUUUAGUAUAAUGUAUGAAUAUUAUCUAAAGUAGGUGUCCAUAUGUUGUUGUCUAUACUCUGGAAGAACAAAUAUAGUACAUUUAUGAGUUUUUUUGGGGAAUGGAUCAGAUCAGUAACCUUAUGGUGAGUAACCAUGAGUAACCUGUCCACAUCAGCAUGACAUCAGCAUCCUCUCUCUCCGGGAAAGCCUUUAAUUUUCCCAUCUUUAAUCUUUGACGGACGAUUUCUCACUCAUUUUAAGUCGAAAUUUAAUUUUUUUUGCACAGUUAGAUCAGAUUAAUUGUGCUCUUCAAAAUGAUAUCCACUUUAAUAUAUUUUUCGAACAAAAAAAAUUGAGCCAUUUUUUACAAGUCUAUACCAUAUGGUAUUACUUGUAUUGAAAUAAAAGCAUACUUAUGGUUUGAAAAACGUACCAUGGUGGUAUGAACAAGCCAAUACUGUAGGAUGAUUGAAUACAUGAUAGUAGAAGUAUAUUAAUUGUCAUUUACGACUUUUAACAUUAUAUACCACACAAUACCACCCCGUACCAGGGUGGUAUUGUAUGAUAUUGUGUGGUAUUUUUUGGUCCUGUAAUUUAUUCACUCAUAAAUUUUUAGAUCCAAUAGAUCAUGAUGAACUCGUCCCUUCUGUGCAAACGUUUUCAAAAACGAAUUAAAAACGAAGAAGAUACCAUACAAUACCACCUCGUACCAGGGUGGUAUUGUAUGGUAUUGUGUGGUAUUUUUUGGUCCUGUAAUUUGUUCACCCAGAAAUUUGUAGAUCCAAUAGAUCAUGAUGAACUCGUCCCUUCUGUGCAAACUUUUUAAAAAACGAAUUAAAAAUGAAGAAGAUACCAUAUGGUAUGCAGUUGGUACCGAGAUGCCAUAAUUUUUUUUUCUAAAAAAAUAUUGAAAAUUGAUCUCAUUUUGUAGAGCACGAUGAAAUCGUUCCAUCUGUGCAAAAAAAAAAAAAUUAAAAUCCGAGUUAAAACGAAAAAGAUAUGAGUCAAUUAAGAAAGCUAGAAAAAAUAAAAAAGCUCUUUAAUUCUCCUUCCUUAGAUCUGAAUUUUCUAAAUAAAGGGUCCGGAUUUGGUUAUUGAUGGGUGCAUAACCCAUGGUUAUGCACCCUAUCUUGAGCCCUUUUGGGGUCCUAAAGAGUGUAAAAUGGGAGCGGAUCAGGUCAGUAACCUUAUGGUGAGUAACCGUUCACAUUAGUAUGACAUCAACAUUCCUCACUCUCAUGGAAAGCCUUUUAUCCUUUCCCCUUUAAUCUUUAACAGUCGAUUUCUCUUUCGUUUUAAGUCGAAAUUAAAAUUUUUUUGCACAUAUAAAUCAGAUUAAUUUGGCUUUUUAAAAUGAUGUCCACUUUGAUAUAUUUUUAGAAUAAAAAAAUUGAGUCAUUUUUAUCAGUCAAUACCAUAUGGUAUGCUCCUAUUUAAUACCAUAUGGUAAGAAAGUUGUUCGUACCAUCUUGCUCGAGGUAUGAACAAUAAUGAUUGUUGUGUGGGGUUGACUCACGAUCCGAUCGUCUGAUCUCGUCGGGAGGGAAGAACCUGUGAAAGAACCGGGGAUGCCCCCCGGAUUAAGCUCCAACGAUCAAAUUAGUUUAAGUUUGAGGAGAGAGUUGAGAGAAUAAGGUAGAGAGAUAAGG